AUGGAGAAUUCCCAAUACAAAACCCUCGAAAUCGUCCAAAAACCCACAAAUUCCCGUGUCUUCAACUUGUACAUGAAUCGACCAAAAUUUCGAAACGCCUUAUCCCGUGACUUCUUCUCCGAAUUCCCCAGAGCCUUGAGUUCCCUCGACCAAAACCCUGAUGUCGCCGUCAUAAUUCUCUCCGGCAUCGGCGAAAGCUUCUGCUCCGGCAUCGACCUCAAGACCCUAACUUCAAUUGUCGCUGGCCUCCAUGCCGACCGUGGACGCACCAAUGAACGUAUCCGGAGAGAAAUUAAGGCUUUUCAGGAUGCAAUAACGGCUAUCGAGAAGUGUCGGAAACCUGUGAUAGCGGCUAUUCAUGGGGCUUGUGUUGGCGGAGGGGUUGACAUUGCCACGGCCUGUGACAUGAGGUUUUGUACGGAGGACGCCUUUUUUUCGGUGAAAGAGGUUGAUUUAGCUAUCACGGCUGAUCUUGGGACGCUUCAGAGGCUGCCGAGUAUUGUGGGGCAUGGGAAUGCGAUGGAGUUGGCUUUGACGGGUCGGAGAGUAUCGGGUUUGGAGGCAAAGCAAAUGGGUUUGGUUUCUAGCGUUUUUGCUUCUAAGGAGGCUUUGAGCAAUGGCGUAAGUGCUAUUGCUGAGGUGCUCAGAAAGCUACUUGCAACAGCAGCAAAUUCACAAUACGAUAGUGCAAAUGGAGAAGAUUGUUUUAACAUUCUUUCACUCGCCAAUUGGUUCAGUAAUUCAGACAAUUCUUUGGAACUGCGUGUAAGUUAG